AUGACGUCCAACGAUGAUCUCAAGACCAAGGUCCUUGAGCAGCUGGAGUUUUACUUUGGCGAUAUCAACCUUCCUCGCGACAAGUUCUUCCAGACAAAGAUGAAGGAGGAUGAUGGCUGGAUCGACAUGGACACAUUGCUAAACUGUGUGCGCCUUGCCAAACUCACCCUCGACAAAACCGUUAUCGCAGAAGCCGUCAAGGAGUCAUCAUCGCCCAUCGUAGCCAUCAAUGAGGACGGGACAAAAAUUCGCCGCAACCCUGAAAACCCACUUCCCGAGAAUUCACUGGAGUACUGGCAAAAGAUCAAACAUCGCACUGUCUAUAUGAAAGGAUUCAAACAAGACUCUACUUUGGAUGAAAUCCGUGAAUGGGCCAAGCAGUAUGGAAAUUUGGACAAUGUAUUGAUGCGCAAAGCGAAGCCCGGCAAUUUCUUCAAGGGCUCUUGCUUCGUCACCUACAAGACCCGCGAGGAUGCAGAGAAGGCUCAGAAGGGCGUUGAGAAGUUCGGCGAGGUUGAUCUUACAAAGAUGAUGCAGGACGAUUACUGGUCACAGAAAAAUCGUGAGGCAAAAGAAAAGCGCGCUGCCGAGAAAGCCUUGAAGUCCUCUAAGAAUACAAAGGAGAAGAAGGAGACGAAAGUUGCUGGCAGCGAGGUCAACUUCACCAAGGGGCUGAUCCUUGAGGCAUCUGGUUUCCCAUUGGAAGUUACAGUCAAUCAGCUAAAAGAAUUUUUCGCCGCAUUUGGAGCCGUAGGAUAUGUUGUGACCGCUGAAAAAGAAGGCGACCCAGCGAAAAUUCGAUUUUCUGGCGCCGAAGGUGGAGCUAAAGCUGCAUGGGAUAAGGCGCAAUCUUCUGCUCCAGAAGGCAAAGUGAUGUUUGGGGAAAAGGAAAUUACCGCAAAGGUACUCGAUGGCGACGACGAGGCGGCCUUCUGGGAGGAAUUCAACCAGACGAAGAAGAAUAAGUUCGAUCGAAGCAAGUCGUCGCGUCGUGGUGGCGGUCGCGGACGCGGACGUGGUGGCCACCGGGGUCAUCGUGACGAUCGGAAGCGUGAACACCCCGGAGAUGGCGCCCGAGGCGACGAACCCAAGGCCAAGCGCAUCGUGUUCGACGACGACGAGAAUGCUGCCCCCAAAGCCGAGCCAGCAGAGCAGAAGCCUGAGCCCGCUGAGCAGAAGACCGAGCCUGCUGUUUCAAACGAAGCC